GCACUUCGAGACUGCACAGUGGUGACAGAGAGAUGACCUGAGGGGACAGCUUCUAUCUCCACAACAAUGUCCAUGAACAGUUCCAAACAGCCGGUGUUUCCUGCAGCUGGACUCGUCGCAAACACAACCUGCCAAACGCAAAGCCGGCUUUCAGUAUUUUUUUCAAUAAUCUUCAUGACAGUGGGAAUCUUGUCUAACAGCCUGGCCAUCGCCAUUCUCAUGAAAGCGUAUCAGAGAUUCAGACAGAAGUCCAAGGCCUCCUUCCUGCUCCUGGCUAGUGGCCUGGUGAUCACAGACUUUUUCGGCCAUCUCAUCAAUGGAGGGAUAGCUGUCUUUGUAUACGCUUCUGAUAAAGACUGGAUCCGCUUCGAUCAAUCAAACAUCCUGUGCAGUGUUUUUGGAAUCUCUAUGGUGUUUUCUGGUUUGUGCCCACUUUUUCUAGGCAGUGCGAUGGCCAUUGAGCGGUGUAUCGGAGUCACCAACCCAAUAUUCCAUUCUACAAAAAUCACAUCUACACACGUGAAGAUGAUAUUGAGUGGGGUGUGCAUGUUCGCUGUUUUCGUGGCUCUGCUGCCUAUCCUCGGACACCGAGACUAUCGAAUCCAAGCGUCCAGAACCUGGUGCUUCUACAACACAGAGCACAUUGAGGACUGGGAAGACCGGUUUUAUCUCUUGUUCUUUUCUUUCCUGGGCCUCUUAGCUCUCGGUGUUUCGUUCUUGUGCAAUGCCAUCACAGGAGUCACACUCUUAAGGGUGAAGUUUAAAAGUCAGCAGCAUAGACAAGGCAGAUCUCACCACUUCGAGAUGGUCAUUCAGCUCCUGGCCAUAAUGUGUGUCUCCUGCAUCUGCUGGAGUCCCUUUCUGGUAACAAUGGCCAACAUUGCAAUAAAUGGAAACAAUUCCCCAGUGACCUGUGAAACAACACUCUUUGCUCUCCGAAUGGCAACGUGGAAUCAGAUCUUGGACCCCUGGGUCUAUAUUCUGCUCCGGAAGGCUGUCCUUAAGAACUUGUAUAAGCUUGCCAGUCACUGCUGUGGAGUGCACAUCAUCAGUCUGCACAUCUGGGAGCUCAGCUCCAUCAAGAAUUCCUUAAAGGUUGCUGCUAUUUCUGAGUCACCAGCUGCGGAGAAGGAGAGUCAGCAAGCAUCUAGUGAAGCAGGACUGUAGGUCAAUGCGGGGCUAGAAUAAAGUGGGGGGAAGUUUUGGAAACAUCUCAACUGAUCAGAUUUAUAGCCUAACUGGAACAUUCGGACCUCAGUGUGUAGCUUGGGAGUACACUGGACAGAUGAAGCUUCCGAAUUUCGUUAUGCUGGCUGGUGCGUGGUUGUGCAUUUUUACUUGUUGUUGUCAACAGGAGGUAAACUGAUUCAAUGUGGUGGAGUUCAGUGGAACACAACUUUUGAGUUUAGCUGUGUGACUUGUGUUUUUGGAAUAAAUGAAUCCAUUGAAGCCCAAUGCCAGUGAAUACUUGACCUGUUUGCUCAAGACACCUUAAUGCUACCUGCACAUGGCCAUUUCGUUGACUUAUAGACAAGACUCAGAGUAACACAAGACUCUGAACCUGUUUGUGUGUGGGGUUCUUGUCUGUUUACCAGUCUACAUAUCCUCAAUCAAUGUCUGCAUGACCAUGAUAUUGGGGAUUCACAGUGGCUAGUGAUGUCCACUGCAUAUGCUGGGUCAGCCUGACCUUGUGAGGCUGAUGAGCAUGGCCGUUCUUGUCACAACUGACACAUGUACUUGCUCGCAUUUGUUGUUAUGAAAGUCAAUUAUUGUUUGAAGUUUUUUCUAUAAAGUAAUAGAUUUUCAGUGUUUAAGUGAUCUCCCUUUCCUCUGAAAAUUGUAGAGAAACACAGGCUUUGUCUUAGCACAGAUUCAGCUCCUGUUAGCAUAUGCACUAAACCCUAUCAUGGACUGUGCAAACCAUCUAAAUCCCAGGGAUAUAUGCCAAGAACAUGGCAAAUAUUGCUUUACCUAAGCUGUCAUUUCUGUCAGAAAAUAAAAGAAAAACAAUCAAACAUUCAAAGUCUAUCUGCAGCUAGUGUGUUUCUGCUUUAUAGACACAGCCUAAGGGAGUUCUGUUGACAGCAGCUUCACUAAAUCUGUUGGACCACAUUUUCAAAGCCCGUGUUACCAGCAUCGAGGGAAAGAUCUAAAAUUAGCCAGGAGUUGGGGACAUAAUUGGGGACUUAGGGUUAAUCAGAGACCAAGGAACAAGACUCUGUCCCCAAGUUUCCCAAUCAUAAUCCACACUUCUCCUUUGCUUGUUUGUAUAAUUUAACACAAAGAUUUUCAAUUUGAGUAAUCAUUACAAGCAUUGUAGGUCCAUCAGUGACUAGGGUUAGUGGUUAUGGUUCAUAAAAAAAUGCAUUUUUAUAUUUAAAAAAGUCCUUGCUUUCAUCAGGUUUGUCUGAUUUUAAAAAUAUUACUUUUUUUUCCUUUGCAAUGUGUGUGGGUGUUUUGCCUGAAUGCAUUUCUGUGCAUUAUGUAUCUUUCUGGCACCUACUGAGACCAGAUCCCGUGGGACUGGAGUGACAGAUGGUUGUAAGCUACCAUGCAGGUGCUGAGAAUUGAACCCAGGUCUUCUGGAUGAACAGCCUGCGCUCUUAAAUGCUGAGCUCUUCCUCCAGCCUCUAAAAAAUGUUUUUAUCUGUAAAAAUGAUUUCAGAUUCUAGGAAUCCUGAGAAUUCAAUCAAAUUAAAUUAAUGCCUGUAUUAACUUCUCCUUUUGGUUGGGAGUUUACAUUAGUUGUGAUUACUGAUUUUGGUAAAUUCUCAUGAGUAAAUUAAAAUAAACUUAGCAAAUAGCCUUGUUGAAGACUUAAAGGAAAUUAUUUGUAGUGAAUUUAAAAGGAAUACAUACUAUUAUAUGACAAUAUCAACUUAAAGACAAUAAGAGAUCAACUACACAAUUGAUUCUUAUGCAGAGACUAUGUCAGAUAAUAGACAGCAAUAUCCUGGUGUAAACUGAGCAUGGAGUUUUAAAGGUUGUGCCCAAAUU